GCGGCGGCCACGCAAUGCCACCUCUCUUCCCCCGCCUUCAGGUUUUUUUCCUGCCUUCGUUAUUUUGUUUUCAGGAUAUGCCUUUCUUUUCGGUAGCUUAACUGCAUUCCGGUUUCUUGUGCGCUGGCUUCCCGCGCCCAAGAGGGGAAAAAAGGCCACGUCAUCAUCUUGCAAAACUUCUCGCCAAGAAAUCCCAGCCCUGCACUGCCUUUGCCGCUGAGAUGUGGAAAGAACCGAAGAUGAAACCGUAGUUCACGUGAUGCUUGCCGUGACUCGCUUUAUGAAUGUAUUUAUAGAUGGACGAUGUUUAAUGGGGGUCUUGGGCAGGGGAAAGGUCACCAGGUACCUUCUCCUAAAAGCCAUCGUGAGGGGUUCUUGGUCCUCGUAGGCAUCAGGUUCCGGCAUUGUGGUCGUAACCCGCCAAAUGAACACCAGAGUGGAGUUUAAUGGCGUUUGCGGUCGGCCAUAGUAAGCCCGUCUUGCUUCAGGAGGAACUCCAGAGAUAUGUUGGAAGAAAACAGAUCAUACCAAGACGGUUGCAGCAGCCGGAAGACCAGUGGCAACUCCGGAUGAAGUUUCUUGAGCAAGCCAAGAGUUACAUCGGAGUUCCUUAUGCCAAGAAAUACCACAAGUCUGGCACUCCAGAGUUCGAAUCUCGGCUCUUCCUGGAUUGUUGCGGCCUCAUCCGGAAAGCAGUACGGGAUUUAACAGAAGAGUUUGGCUUCUACAUUGGCUCUGGGAACCAAGCGUACCAGUACGACACCCUUCCCACUACCCUCCCCAGCGAGGAACACUUGGAACCCGGAGACCUCAUCUUCAUUUCAGGAGCAUACUUUGAUACGCAACGGCCACGGCAACCCCAUGACAUCGUCCAUGUGGAAAUCUGGAUGGGGGAAGGAGAACGCAGCCUUGGAGCCAGGUGGACAACAGGCAAAGUCCAGGUCUUCGAUUCCUACAGGUUUGUCUCAAAGGCUUAUGGAAGCAUGGAGUACCACUUCAAGUCCAUCGGAACCUGGCUGCAAGGAAUCUGUAUCAGCCACUGUCCGGAGCAUAAGUGGGCAUCCGCGAGACAGUUGCCCGGGAGGAAAUCUAUCUUCUCCCCUUUGACCAAGCAAGGUGGACCUGCUGAAAAGGAUGCCGAUGAUCAGAGAAGCACAUCGGAGUCCCAACUGGGAAAUGAGAAAAUGGUGCUCAAGGUAGCGAGCGUGGUGGAAUACGCCAGCAACUGUGAACUGGGUACCAGUGAUCAAGUGGAGGCGCUGGAUCUACAGGGCUUCCCCAGAGCAGGUUCCACGGCCUCCAGAACGAAUGACUUGAGCACAGGUCACAUGACAGAGGUCAGCCAAGGCCAGUAUCAAUCUCUACCCCCAAGCACCGGAAGUUUGAGUGAGGAAGGUGGUGGUGCUUCAGUUGGGGGAGACGUGGCCCAAGAGAGAGGGUCUAAGCAGGGGUCUCCUGAGCCAGAACCGGGGACUCAGUGCCAGGAGACCGGCAUGAGCGUUGCAGCAUCUGAGCAGAUUCGGGACUCUGCCAGUAUGGCCAGAAAGUCUAAUUCCACCUCAAAGGUAAACUCCAAGGGGCUCUUGGUGGGUGUCAAGCGAAACAAGAAAGGUAAAGCCGGGACAAAAAGAGGUAACCAGCAACCAGAUGGACCUCCGUCAGCAGACGCAGGUUUUCCUAACUUAGCCGAAGGGGAGCUGAUGAACGAAAUCCAGUCCAAAGGGAACAAAUCCAUCCUGAAAGCAUCGCCACGAAUGAACCCACCAGAGGAAAAGAAGCCAGAGGAAGCUCCCGGAUCGGGGCCAUUCUUCUACAUCGGGGGAACAAAUGGGGUUGACAUAGUGAAUCUCUACUGCAAGACCAAAGGGUGGCAACGGAUCUGUGACAACCGCAGGGAGGAUUACAUCCUAAAGUGGUGCGAGAUCAAAUUUCGAGACACCUAUUACAACUUCAGGGAAGGGGAACAGCUGCUUUAUCAGAUCCCGAACAACAAACUUCUCACCACAAAAAUUGGUCUUUUGGUGAACCUCCGGGAGUAUGAGCGGGUGAUCAGGAAGAUCUCCAGGAAUGCAAAGCUGUUGAAAAUGGAGGAUUUUUUCCCUGAGACUUUCCGCCUGGACGUCAAAGAUGAGAAAGAACUCUUCUUUGAAACCUACUCAGAACCCCAAAUUUGGAUCUGCAAGCCAACUGGCUCGAACCAAGGCCGAGGGAUUUUCCUCCUGAAAAGCCAGGAGGAGGUCAAACAUUUGCAACUCAGGCUGCAAGCCAUUGAGGAAGAUCCGAUGUAUAAGAAACUGCCCUACAGAAUCCCCCAACCGAGGAUUGUGCAAAGGUAUAUUGAUAGGCCGCUCCUGCUCGUGGGAAAGAAGUUCGACGUCCGGUCUUACCUGCUCAUCGCCUGCACGGUGCCGUACAUGCUGUUCUUCGGCCACGGGUACGUCCGCCUCACGUGCCUCAAUUAUGAUCCGGCGUCAAAUGACCUCACUUCUCACCUGACCAACCAGGUGAGUUGAAAGAGGUCACCUGAUUACAUCAAUUGCUUCUUGGCAUAGGAGACCGUGUGGCUGAUGGACCGCUUCAACACCUACGUCAACGAGCGUUUCCGGCACGCCAAAGGGCUCCCCAAAGACUGGGUCUUCAAUAACUUCACUAAGAGAAUGAAGGAGAUCAUGCUGCAGUGUUUCCUGACGGUCAAGUCCAAACUGGAGUGCAAGCUGGGCUACUUUGAUCUGAUCGGCUGCGAUUUCUUGAUCGAUGAAGACUUCAAGGUGUGGCUGCUGGAGAUGAACGCCAACCCCGCCCUACACACCAACUGCAGCGCUUUGAAGACCAUCAUCCCUACAGUGGUGAAUGAAACCCUGGAUUUGGCAAUCGAGCUCUUCACCAAGUGCCAAAAGAAGCAGCCGAUCCUUCCCUUGGAGGCACUCAGACACUUCGUGCUGCUCUACAACGGGGCGACGACUGACUGUGGACUUGCUCGGCCCACCAAGAGCAGGACUUCCCUCGGUUCUUUGCAUGGCCACCGCGGUGGUGGCAGUAGCGGCGGCGGCAGUAGCACCGGCAGCGGUGGCAGCGGUGGCAGCAGCAACCAAGUGAUGGACAGGCCGCCACCUAAGCCUCCCAAGAUGGACCUGUCCGGCCCUCCUGAAGGGAUAUCCCUCCCGCCUCACAAGGCUGUCCUCAGAAAUACUUUCCCUGUUCCUCACAUCGAGAUAUCCAUCAUUCCCAAUCUCUCCAGUUGCCCUUCUGUGAAAGCCGUCUUCCGAGGCAGCCAACUCUGUAGCAAUGGGAGCCAGUAUGUCAGCAAACACACGCCGGAGUCGGAUAGAUGUCACGCAGGGUCAACCAAGGCCGAGACCGGUGACGAGAAGGCCAAAAGCAACCCCGUGGCCCCUGCCAGAGACAGAUCCUAUGCCACGUGGUUCCAGCAAACGUUUGGCACCAAAUAUCCGGCGACCGCCAGCGGCUCGGCCAGCGUUCCCUUGACCAGCUCCCAGAUGGUGUCCCUACACCUGCAGUCCGACAUCCCCCCAAAUGUUCCCCCGCCCCAAGAACAGGCCAGAUCCCCACAUUACCUCGCCACUCACACCAAGCUGUCGACGGAGAACAGCAAGACUGCGGUAGUGGCGGGACCCAGCAGCUGCAGCGAUUUGCCCCCAGAAGAUAAGAAGGCCUCACACCGUGGCUCGUAAACUAAAAUUGGUUGUGUAUUUGG